UUUAGAUGCACUAUUGUAAAGUGGCUGUUCCACUGGAUGUCAUAAGGUGAAUGCACCAAUUUGUAAGUCGCUCUGGAUAAGAGCGUCUGCUAAAUGACUUAAAUGUAAUGUAAAUGUAAUCUUUGUGCUCACCAGUACUGACGGCAAGUCACCAAUAAUGAUUUUCUCGUAAGAGAUUUUGAUAACCAAAAAGUGCUCAACAUGUUUAUGGCACCGUUAACAUAGAAAAUAAAUGUUGAAUUUUAAAACUGAUACUUUCUCACAUUAUUCAACAAGACAGAUUGAUAUUGAAUUAGGUAGGUGAAAGAGGAUAUGAGUCCCAAGGUACAUAACUACAUGGUUUGUGUGAAAUGUCUCUGGUUAACAAGCUCUUUGUGUGUCCAGAUGUUAAGUGGUAUACUACGAAGCAAGUUAGAUCUACUCAGGCUUUUAUAAAGCUAGCCAUCUUCAGUUUGCUGCACAUUCCAGGUCAGGCUUCAGCCGUACUAUGAAGGUGGAUAUUGCUCAUCCGCCUGCCGCUGACUCAAACAGGUAUGUCGCACGUGGUUACUCAAACGUCAAGUUCUUUGAAACAAUGCUGAAACAUCAAUCCAUGGGCGAGUCAGUGACACAUUUAAAUUUGUGUCGAAAUCAAAAUGAAAGAAAAUAUAUCUUGAAAAUUCAGCAGGCUAUGGUGUGAAAUAGCUUUUUAGUAGUGCCAUCUUUAUUUUAUUACUUAUCGUUAAUGUUGGAUUUGGUGUUUGCUCAUUUAUUACAUUUAAAACUGAAAUAUUAUAUUUACAGUCAUGGCCAAAAGUUUUGAGAAUGACACAAAUAUUAAUUUUCACAAAGUCUGCUGCCUCAGUUUGUAUGAUAGCAAUUUGCAUAUACUCCAGAAUGUUAUGAAGAGUGAUCAGAUGAAUUGUAAUUAAUUGCAAAGUCCCUCUUUGCCAUGCAAAUGAACUGAAUCCCAAGAAAACAUUUCCACUGAAUUUCAGCCCUGCCACAAAAGGACCAGCUGAUAUCAUGUCAGUGAUUCUCUCGUUAACACAGGUGUGAGUGUUGACGAGGACAAGGCUGGAGAUCACUCUGUCAUGCUGAUUGAGUUCGAAUAACAGACUGGAAGCUUCAAAAGGAGGGUGGUGCUUGGAAUCAUUGUUCUUCCUCUGUCAACCAUGGCUACCUGCAAGGAAAUUGCUCACUCACAAUUUUGCCUAAGAACACAGCCACGAAUAAAGAAUGGUACCAACACAUCCUCCGACAGCAACUUUUCCCAACCAUCCAGGAACAGUUUGGUGACAAAUAAUGCCUUUUCCAGCAUGAUGGAGCACCUUGCCAUAAGGCAAAAGUGAUAACUAAGUGGCUCAGAGAACAAAACAUCAAUAUUUUGGGUCCAUGGCCAGGAAACUCCUCAGACCUUAAUCCCAUUGAGAACUUGUGGUCAAUCCUCAAGAGGCGGGUGGACAAACAAAACCCCACAAAUUCUGACAAACUCCAAGCAUUGAUUAUGCAAGAAUGGGCUGCCAUCAGUCAGGAUGUGACCCAGAAGUUAAUUGACAGCAUGCCAGGGCGGAUUGCAGAGGAAAAAGAAGGGUCAACACUGCAAAUAUUGACUCUUUGCAUCAACUUCAUGUAAUUGUCAAUAAAAGCCAUUGACACUUAUGAAAUGCUUGUAAUUAUACUUCAGUAUUCCAUAGUAACAUCUGACAAAAAUAUCUAAAGACACUGAAACAUCAAACUUUGUGAAAAUUCAUAUUUGUGUCAUUCUCAAAACAUUUGGCCACGACUGUACUUAAGUAUUCAGACCCUUUACUCAGUACUUUGUUGAAGCACCUUUGGCAGUGAUUACAGCCUUGAGUCUUAUUAGGUAUGAUGCUAUAAGCUUGGCACACCUGUAUUCGGGGAGUUUCUCCCAUUCUUCUCUGCAUAUCCUCUCAAGCUCUGUCAGGUUGGAUGGGGAGCGUUGCUGCACAGCUAUUUUCAGGUCUCUCCAGAGAUGUUAGAUCGGGUUCAAGUCCAGGCUCUGGCUGGGCCACUCAAGGACAUUCAGAGACUUGUACCGAAGCCACUCCUGAUUUGUCUUGGCUGUGUGCCUAGGGUCGUUUGUAGGAUGAUCACUGGAAACAGGAUGCACCUGAGCUCAAUUUCGAGACUCGUAGCAAAGGGUCUGAAUACAUAUGUAUGUAAGGUAUUUCUGUUUUUUGGUUUUAAUAAAUUUGCAAACAUUUCUAAAAACUUGUUUUCGCUUUGUCAUUAUUGGGUAUUGUGUAUAGAUUGAUGAGGAAGUAGUUUUAUUUAAUCUAUUUUAGAAUAAGGCUGUAACGUAACAAAACGUGGAAAAAGUAAAGGGGUCUGAAUACUUUCUGAAGGCCCUGUAUUUAUAAUCCAUAGAAGGGUUUGGGAGUCUCUAACCCUGGCAUUUUGACUGUUAAACUCAUGCGUACACUAACAAUGGCUGCCUGUCUUGACUUGAAUGGGAACUGCCAUCUAUGCAUUACACUGUAUGUCUAUGGUUGGUUGCGGCUGUCGGUUUGCCUUCUUUCAAUCACGGGAAAAAUGUACAGUUUGGAAAGCAAAUGCUGUCUACUAAAUGUGUAAUGCGAUAUAUAUUUUAACAUUACUUUUUUACACGCAAAAAAAAAUUUGAAUAAAAUAUUUGAUCUGCCGUCUUCCUCAGAUGAAGAGGAUGAUGACACAAUCUUUGCGAGAGGGAUGGUAUCUGAUUUCAUUGGUCCUCAACUCAUGGCUCAGACACUUCAUUCAGGAUAAAUGGAGUUAGCCCUGAGUUAGCCUGCCCGGAUCAGGUAAGCUCCACCUGGCCUCUUAAGAUGGGCUGUAUUGAGAAGAGUGCGGAGGCCCACAAAGGAGCUGUGUUAGCCAGGACUACGACGGGACCGCUCUCAUCACAGCUUGGGAGGACGGGCACGUCAAGAUCUGGUCUAAGAGUGGCAUGCUGAGGUCCACCUUGGCCAGGGUCUCCUGUGUACUCGGUGGCCUGGAGCCCGGACUCUGAUAGGAUCCUGUACACGUCAGGCAGACUGCUGAUAAUCAGGCCCCUGCAACCAAGGUCCAACAGGUACUUGGAAGUCCCAUGAUGGGACCAUUCUGAAGGCGGACUGGAACUCUGUGAAUGACCUGAUACUGUCAAGUGGAGAAGACUGUAAAUACAAGGUGUGGGACAGCUAUGGUCGUCUGCUCUACACGUCCUUGUCUUCAUGACUACCCUGUGACCUCCAUGUCCUGGUCACCGGAUGGGGAGGUGUUCGCAGUGGACUCCUUCAACAGCCUGCAUCUCUGUGACAAGCCCGGGUAGGGAGGCCUUCAGGAGGGGGAGACCUGGGAGAUGGGGGACAUGCCACCCUGCCGAUUAGCGUGCUGUGAGGAGAAGCAGGCCUGUCUGCAGCGUGGUCGUAUGCGUUGGAGAAGCCUAACACUGGUCAGCAGACGGCACGCAGCUCACAGGGACCCCCACCAAGAGGAGCACCAUGCAGGUGGGGAACGUGGUGAAUGAUGCGGGUGAUGUUCUGGAGUUCAGGGACCAGGUCACCAAAGCCUCUCCGGCCCACGGUCACCUAGUGGUCACCUAGUGGUCACCACCUCUCUCUAGUGCUACGCCUCCAGUGCUAAGAACUGGAACACACCUCUCAUUUUUGACCUGAAGGAGGGGACCGUCAGCCUCAUUAUACAGGCUGAGAAACACUUCCUGUUGGACGGGGGUCUAAGUGUUCUCCUACGAGGGCCGUCUCAUCUCCACGCCCAGAUUCCCCGGCAUGAGAACGGACAUCCUCAAUGCCCAGUCAGUCUCCCUUAGCAACGCCACCAUCGCCAUCCGGGACAAGAGCGAUGAGAAGGCCGGCCGAGCUGUCCCUUCACUACUACAAUACUAAACUUUGUUGUCCACAGAGCAGGGCGAGAUUUGCCUUUCAGCUUUUUUACUCAAUGACAUUUACAGCCGUUAAACACACUGAAACAUCAGGAGCACUUUGUCAACAAGAGGAUGACACUUCACCAGGAGAUAAAACGCUGGAGAAAUGACUUUAGCAGGACUGGAACAUCGACCAUUUGCCAUCAUUAUCCUGCUCGCUCUGUCCUCCGUCCUCUCCUCUCUUCUUUUUCCUCAAAUCAUCUUUCUGUUUGGUGCCCUGACGGGGAAAGCCCUGGGUGAAGGGAAGCCCCUGACUGACAAGCUGGGUGAUUCACCAACCAACACACACCAACAGUCAGUCACAGCACACAUUACACACUCCUGUUAGUGUGCACACACUGACAUGAGAAGACUGUGCAUAUCUCCACGUGCCUACGUCUUAAUCCAUACUGUUACAUUGAGCAACCUGUUAGGAUUGGGGGAGGGUAAGCCGAUCCUAGACCUGUGCCUCAGGGUAGCUAUGGGUUCGAGUGCCCCCAACAGGCCAGGGUGAAAAGGUCAGGGAGCCAUGGAGAGAAGACAGAGAAGAAUUAGUGGUGUUGAGGGGAAAGAAGAAACUUCAUAGUUAAGAGGGAGACAUACAGCCUGUGUGGAAAUUGGAGUGAGUGCAUGUGUGUGAGAAAGAGAUGGAGAGAAAGGGGGAGGGUUAUGGAGGAAGAACAGGACUGAAAGGGAUUAAGAUAGAGGGAGUGAAUUAGAGAGAGAGAAAAGGAGGAGAAGUGGCCAGGAUCAGUAGUUACUGUCUCUGCCAGCACUCCACAGCUCCAAGACAGAGGAGCACUGCACUGGAGCCAGCUGGCUCUGAAACACACGCACACACACACAGUCACACACACGCAUAUACACCCCUGUUGGGGAGUAUGGGCCAGGAGCUGUGGGGUCAGACUGCUGGCACCCCCUUCCACUCUCUUGCCUCCACCAUUUCUCCCUCUUGUCUCCCCUUUCCUCCACCUCUUCCCUCUGAGUUGAGUCUCUUCCCUCUGAUCUGGCCUCAAUUGUUCCCUCCUAGUCCUCCUGUAUACUCAGGGCUGUACUGGGGACUAGAGAGUGUGGAGGAGGAGAGGAGGUGGCCUGUGAUUUGGGUGAUCAUGUGUUGAGAAGAGAUGUGUAUCAAAAGACACUAUUAUGGAGGUGGUGGAGAUAGCUCUGGACCAGUGUGGCCCGUCCAGCGAGAGGAAGAUCGCAGUCAUAGACAAGAACCGUGACCUGUACCUGACCGCUGUGCAUCGCAUCAACAGAGAACACAACAUCUGCAAGAUAGGUCCACACCAUGUCCUAGAAUGACUCCGCUAACAUCCUGUGUGAUAUUCAGGACACACAGUUCACUUUGUGGCACUAUCCCGGUGCGGUCUUCACUGGACCUGCUGGCUAAAACACUCUACAUGAAAGACGCCAGGGGGGACUUCCCUUACACAGGAGUGGAGGGCUGCUGUCUCCCUGGCCCUGCCCCUACCCUACCCAGGAGUUUAGGCCUGCUGUCUCCCUGGCCCUGACCCUACCCUACCCAGGAGUGGAGGGCUGCUGUCUCCCUGGCCCUGCCCCUACCCUACCCAGGAGUGGAUGGCUGCUGUCUCCCUGGCCCUGCCCCUACCUUACACAGGAGUGGAGGGCUGCUGGCUCCCUGGCCCUGCCCCUACCCUACCCAGGAGUUUAGGCCUGCUGUCUCCCUGGCCCUGCCCCUACCCUACCCAGGAGUGGAGGGCUGCUGUCUCCCUGGCCCUGCCCAUACCCUACCCAGGAGUGGAGGGAUGCUGUCUCCCUGGCCCUGCCCUACCCAGGAGUGGAGGCCUGCUGUCUCCCUGGCCCUGCCCCUACCCAGGAGUGGAGGCCUGCUGUCUCCCUGGCCCUGCCCCUACCCUACCCAGGAGUGGAGGGCUGCCGUCUCCCUGGCCCUGCCCUAUCCAGUAGUGGAGGCCUGUUGUCUCCCUGGCCCUGCCCCUACCCUACCCAGGAGUGGAGGCCUGUUGUCUCCCUGGCCCUGCCCCUACCCUACCCAGGAGUGGAGGGCUGCUGUCUCCCUGGCCCUGUCACUACCCUACCCAGGAGUGGAGGCCUGCUGUCCUCCUGGCCCUGCCCCUACCCUACCCAGGAGUGGAGGCCUGCUGUCUCCCUGGCCCUGCCCCUACCCUACCCAGGAGUGGAGGCCUGCUGUCUCCCUGGCCCUGCCCCUACCCUACCCAGGAGUAGAGGCCUGCUGUCUCCCUGCCCCUGCCCCUACCCUACCCAGGAGUGGAGGGCUGCUGUCUCCCUGGCCCUGCCCCUACCCUACCCAGGAGUGGAGGGCUGCUGUCUCCCUGGCCCUGCCCCUACCCUACCCAGGAGUGGAGGGCUGCUGGCUCCCUGGCCCUGCCUCUACCCUACCCAGGAGUGGAUGGCUGCUGGCUCCCUGGCCCUGCCCAUACCCUACCCAGGAGUGGAGGCCUGCUGUCUCCCUGGCCCUGCCCCUACCCUACCCAGGAGUGGAGGGCUGCUGUCUCCCUGGCCCUGCCCCUACCCUACCCAGGAGUGGAGGGCUGCUGUCUCCCUGGCCCUGCCCCUACCCUACCCAGGAGUGGAGGGCUGCUGUCUCCCUGGCCCUGCCCCUACCCUACCCAGGAGUGGAGGGCUGCUGUCUCCCUGGCCCUGCCCCUACCCUACCCAGGAGUGGAGGGCUGCUGUCUCCCUGGCCCUGCCCCUACCCUACCCAGGAGUGGAGGGCUGCUGUCUCCCUGGCCCUGCCCCUACCCUACCCAGGAGUGGAGGGCUGCUGUCUCCCUGGCCCUGCCCCUACCCUACCCAGGAGUGGAGGGCUGCUGUCUCCCUGGCCCUGCCCCUACCCUACCCAGGAGUGGAGGCCUGCUGUCUCCCUGGCCCUGCCCCUACCCUACCCAGGAGUGGAUGGCUGCUGUCUCCCUGGCCCUGCCCCUACCCUACCCAGGAGUGGAGGGCUGCUGUCUCCCUGGCCCUGCCCUACCCACGAGUGGAGGGCUGCUGUCUCUCUGGCCCUGCCCUACCCUACCCAGGAAUGGAGGCCUGCUGUCUCCCUGGCCCUGCCCUACCCUACCCAGGAGUGGAGGCCUGCUGUCUCCCUGGCCCUGCCCCUACCCUACCCAGGAGUGGAGGGAUGCUGUCUCCCUGGCCCUGCACUACCCAGGAGUGGAGGCCUGCUUUCUCCCUGGCCCUGCCCCGACCCUACCCAGGAGUGGAGGCCUGCUGUCUCCCUGGCCCUGCCCCUACCCUACCCAGGAGUGGAGGGCUGCUCUGAGCCAUGAGGUCUGAGCCCUCUCUAAAAGCCAGUUAUUUAUGAUAAAUGGUGUAAUUAGCGGCCUGUAAUUGCUAGCACAUUGUGGGUUGCAGCAGAGCAAAGCAGGGCCAGAGGGACCACAGAACCAGAGCCCUGGUCCCAUGGGAAACACUCAGCCCCCGAGAGGGUCCACACGGGCUGGGCGGCCACAGAUCAGUGAAUGUGAUUUCUCCUUAUGGGUUCCCCCCACCAUAGCGUGGUAACAACAGGCAGCGUGGGAACUCACUGUCACCCUUUGGAAGUGGGGUGUGUGUGUAUCUCAAUGUCUUGUCACAGGUCUCAGUGUGUCAAAUUUCUUUCCUCAUUUCUGUGUGGUCUGUUCUAUUGUCUCAUGUCGGUCUUGUUGUCUCGUGUCUAUCCGGUUGUCUCGUGUCUGUCCGAUUGUUUAUUCAAAUAAAAUGUUAUUUAUCACAUACGCCAAAUACAACAGGUGUAGUAGACUUUACAGUGAAAUGUUUACUUACAAGACCAUAACCAACAAAGCAGUUUUAAGAAAGUACUUUUUUUUAAAGUAAGGAAUAAGAAUAACAAAUAAAUAAAGAGCAGCAGUAAAUAACAAUAGCGGGGCUAUAUACAGGGGGUACCGGUACAGAGUCAAUUUUACAUUUACAUUUAAGUCAUUUAGCAGACGCUCUUAUCCAGAGCGACUUACAAAUUGGUGCAUUCACCUUAUGACAUCCAGUGGAACAGCCACUUUACAA